AUGUUGAUUGAAUUUUGUAAUAAUAGUAAACAUCCAACAAUUGGUAUGAAACCAAAAGAUGUUACUACUGAAAACGAAAUUCAAGUCCUGACAAAAUUUGAAAAAAGAUGCAAACGUAGGAGCAAACCAAAACCAAAAUUCAAAGUUAGUGAUAAAGUACACAUGAGCAAAAUAAAACAAGUAUUUGAAAAAGGGUACGCUCCUAAUUGGUCAACAGAAUUAUUAACUAUCAUUCAUGUAGCAGGAACGAAUACAACUACGUAUCGUCUCAAAGAUUAUCGAGAUCAACCUAUCUCUGAAGGUUUUCAUGAGCAGGAACUGCAAAAAACAAAAAAUCCUGAUAUUUACCUGGUGGAAAAAGUUCUUCGAAGACGUGGACAGUAA